AUGACUCCCAACUCUCUACCUGGACUUUCCAUCAAGCAGGUGGGUUCGUCAGCUGAGAGCAGAUCUUCGAAACGAAAGAUCAAAACAGAGUCCGCCGGUGUCAACACAAUCGCGAAGAGGCCGAAAACCGACGAGUCAGCCACCGAGGAGCCAGCAAACGAUUCUUCUGCUUCAGCAACCGUGACUGAUGACCUAGAUACCGUUAUCAGCGGCGUUGCUGAGCGUCUUAGUACGAUGAAGCUACUCCUGGGCCGAGGCAACUUUCCGGACGUGGAAGAGCUGGCGAAGCAGGGACCUGGUAUAUACUGA